AUGAAGAUGCUUUUACCACUGACAUUUCUGGUCUUUGUUAGUUCCCCGGGUUGGACAAUAGAGAGGAACUACUACAUGGGCAUUAGAGAAACUACCUGGAACUACGCUCCUACUGGUAUAAAUAUGCUCAAUGGCAUGCCUUUCUCAGAAGAUCUAGAGUUUCACUCCCAAACAUAUCUACAACAAAGCCAAAAUAGGAUAGGAUCUGUUUAUAAAAAGUGUUUGUAUUUUGAGUACACGGAUGCUACAUUUCAAACUAUCAUUGAAAAACCAUCCUGGUUGGGAUUUUUAGGUCCAAUCAUGAAAGCAGAGACUGGAGACCUCAUUUGCGUACAUGUGAAAAAUUUUGCUUCAAGAGGCUAUAGUUUCCAUCCUCAUGGAAUCACCUACACUAAAGAAAAUGAAGGUGCUCUCUACCCUGAUAACACUACGGGCCUGCAAAAGGAAGAUGACUUGCUAGAGCCAGGGGCAGAGUAUACUUACCGGUGGUUUGUAGAAGAAAAUCAGGGGCCUGGCCCCAGUGACAGUAAUUGCGUGACACGAAUGUACCACUCCCACGUAGACACUCUAAAAGAUGUGGCUUCAGGACUUCUUGGACCAAUUCUGACUUGUAAAAGAGGAACUCUGGAUGGAGACGUGGAAGAAAAUAUCGACGAGUCUUAUGUUCUGAUGUUUUCUAUAACUGAUGAAAACCGUAGCUGGUAUAUCAAUGACAAUAUUAAUACAUAUACUGAACCUGGCCAGGUUAAUGCUGGAGAUCCUGGCUUCCGGGAGAGCAAUCUCAUGCGCUCAAUAAAUGGAUACAUGUAUGGAAACCUGUUCGGUCUCACCAUGUGUGCGGAGGACAGGGUCAAGUGGUAUUUUAUUGACAUGGGUGGUGUGUUGGACACACACUCCAUCUAUCUCCACGGACAAACUCUGAUCUCUCGGAAUCACAGAAAAGACACCAUUACCGUCUUCCCUGCCUCAAUGGAUGAUGCCUUCAUGGUGGCCAAGGGUGUUGGAGAGUGGAUGCUGGGUUGUCAGAUACAUGAGGGUAUGCAGAGCUUCUUCAGUGUAAGGGAUUGUGAAAAACCUUCAACAGAAGUUACUGGGACACAAGUUGUACAUUAUUAUAUUGCUGCUGAAGAAAUUUUUUGGAACUAUGCUCCAUCUGGUAUAGAUUUGUUCACUGGAAAUAAUUUAACAGCAGCUGGAAGUGAAUCCUGGCUCUAUUUUGAACAAGGCCCAAACAGAAUUGGAGGAAUUUACAAAAAACUAAGUUACUUUGAAUACACAGAUGCUUCCUUCCAAACACAGAAGCUGAAACCAGAUCAUCUUGGAAUCCUUGGCCCUGUCCUAAAGGCAGAGGUGGGACAGACCAUCCAGGUCACUUUCUAUAACAAUGCUUCCCUGCCGCUCAGCAUUCAGCCCCAUGGACUGCGUUACAACAAGAGCAAGGAGGGCGCCUACUACAAAACACCGGGAGGAAGCCCCCCUUCACCCUCCUCACAUGUAAAUCCUGGCACAAUAUUUGUCUAUACAUGGGAAGUUCCAACAGAUGUGGGUCCCACUUCCACGGACCCCAACUGCCUGACCUGGUUAUACUACUCCUCCGUAAAUCUUUUAAAAGACAUCAACAGUGGCCUCGUAGGGCCUCUCCUCGUAUGCAGAAAUGGAAGUCUUGGAGAGGAUGGCAAACAGAAAGAAAUAGAUGAAGAAUUUUACCUUCUUGCCACAAUAUUUGAUGAAAAUGAAAGCCAUCUCUUAGAUGAAAAUAUCAUGAUAUUUACCACAGAACCUGAAAAUGUGGAUACAGAGGACCCGGACUUCCAAAAUUCUAACAAGAUGUACUCCAUAAAUGGAUACAUGUAUGGAAAUCUGCCUGGACUGGAUAUGUGCUUAGGAGACAACGUUUCAUGGCAUGUUCUUAGUGUGGGAUCAUAUGAAGACUUACAUGGGAUAUAUUUUUCAGGAAAUACCUUCACUUCCUUAGGAGCAAGGAAAGACACCAUAGCUCUGUUUCCCCAUACGUCCCAAACACUUCUUAUGACACCCGAUUCCACGGGAGUUUUUAACGUGGUUUGUAUGACAUCAGAGCACUAUAUUGGAGGCAUGAAACAUAAAUACCGAGUGAGUCAGUGUUCAAAGCCAAACUCGGAUCAAACACAGUGCCAGGAGGAGAAGGUUAUUUAUAUCGCAGCUGAGGAAAUUGUGUGGGAUUAUUCUCCUAGCAGGAAGUGGGAGAAAGAACUGCAUCGUCUUCAAGGACAAAAUGCAACAAACAUAUACUUGGAUAGAGUUGGGACGUUUCUUGGGUCCAAAUACAAGAAAGUCAUAUACCGUCAAUAUGAUGAUAUCACAUUCACAAAUCAAACAGUGAGAAAUGAAGAUGAAAUACAUCUGGACAUACUAGGUCCCAUAAUAUUUCUCAGCCCUGGCGAGAAACUACAUGUUGUCUUUAAAAAUAAUGCCUCCAGACCAUAUUCUAUUCACGCUCAUGGGGUGAAGACAAGCUAUUCCACUGUUGUUCCAACACAGCCAGGAGAGAUCCGAACAUAUAUUUGGCAGAUUCCUGAAAGAGCUGGUCCUACCUCAAAGGAUUUUGAGUGCAUACCUUGGUUUUACUAUUCAACUGUGGAUGUGGUUAAGGAUCUUAAUAGCGGACUGGUAGGUCCUUUGAUCAUAUGUCGAAAAGACACCAAAGCCAGCAUAGUUCACCGUGUUCUCCACUUCAUGAGUUUUAAUGAGAAUGAAUCUUGGUACUUUGAAGAAAACAUCAACACCUAUUCUCAAGAACCAAACCAAACAGACAGGAAUGAUGCUACUUUUGACCUCAGCAACAAAAUGCACGCAAUUAACGGAAGAAUGUUUGCAAAUAACCAAGGCCUGACAGUUCACGUUGGGGAUGAAGUGAAUUGGUAUCUCAUUGGCAUGGGGGGUGAGUUUGACCUGCACACGGUUCACUUUCACGGCCACAGCUUUCAAUACCUGGAUGCUGGCGUGUAUCGCUCUGAUGUUUACGACCUUCCUCCUGGGACCUAUCAAACUGUAAAAAUGCAUCCAAGAGAUGUUGGAAUCUGGUUAUUUCAUUGCCAUGUCACUGUUCACAUUGGGGCUGGAAUGGAAAGCACUUACACCGUAAUUGAGUGA